GUUGGACUUUUAUAGGCAGGGGCUCAUUCUAUACCAACAAUAAAAGAUCUGCACCGCGGGAGAAAAAUUCCACCGCGGCCAGCAUGUGAGUGGGUGGAGGAAAAAACUACAAAUGAUACUGAAUAGAAAGCCACAAAUUGAGUAUAUAAAUCAAGUAAGGAAUCAUAAAAACUUCUUCUUCUUUCUCCCGUCCAUCUUCAUCGCUAUCAAGAACACAAGUAAGUCAAGCAAUACCUUCCCGCGAUUGAAGUUUGCCCAUCAUGAGCCAAGCUAUGGACAUCGAAAAACAACCAUCUCCUGGUAUGUCAAGCACUGAUCCAGAAAUCGAAGAGAGAGAAAAUGUCGACAACUACUCAUCUGAUGAAGAAGGAAGCGCAGAAAGGAAACAACAUCAACGAUCUGCUUCAACAAAAUUUGCACCUAUGGCACAACCCAACUAUACAGGAACAAAUGAAGGCAAAGAAGAGAAUUUGACAGCCUCAAGAACGUUUUCAAGACGUGCACCUACAUUCGGAGAUGAAACUGCUCAUCCAUUCGGUGGAACAUUAUCUCAUUCAAGAGCAGAAGCAGCUUUGGAACGUUUUAUAAGUCAAAAACCAAAAUUGGAAAAAGGUGAACCGAUCAUCGUUCAUUGGGAAGGUGAUGAUGAUCCAGAAAAUCCAUUGAAUUGGUCAUUUGCCUACAAGUGCUGGCUAACAGUUCUUGCAGCCACUUUGGUCUUGAACUCCACCUUUACGUCAUCCGCGCCCAAUGGUGUUACACCUCAAUUGAUCUCGUAUUUUGGUUUUAGUGAAGAAGUUGCAGUUUUGGCACUCUCUAUUUGGGUAGCAGGAUACUGUUUAGGCCCCCUAAUCUUUGGGCCCCUAAGUGAGAGAUUAGGACGCAAACCGGUUUUCGUUGUCAGCAUUCUAUUUUAUACAGGUUUCAACGUUGGAUGCGCUUUAAGCAAAAACACUGCUUCAAUUCUCGUUUUUCGUUUCUUAGGUGGUGUGUUCGGCGCUGCACCACUUACAAAUUCUGGUGGUUGCAUUGCUGAUGUGUGGAAUGCAAAGAGCCGUGGUAUCGCAAUGUCAAUGUUCUCCAUCGCUCCUUUUGCAGGACCGGCCAUUUCCCCCAUCGUUAGUGGCGCGAUCCAAGUGACUGGUACGAGUUGGCGUUGGAUGUUUUGGGUCUGUACCAUUUUCUCUGGAGUUUGUUUGAUUUUAGUAGUCUUUACUCUCAAGGAAUCCUAUGCACCUGUCAUCUUACAACGCAAAGCCGCACGAAUUCGCAAAGAAACCGGCGAAGAUUACUACAAAUCUCCUCUUGAUAUGCAUCCUUUGGUGGCCAAGCAUCUUUUGCACGACACUUUGCUAUUCCCUUUUAUCAUGUUGGUACAAGAACCAAUCUUGUUGGCAAUGGCGAUGUAUCUCGGUUUCGUUUACGGUAUCAUCUAUCUCUUGUUCGGCGCUUACCCUAUCAUCUACGAAGAAGUUCACGGUUUCAAUGCGCUCAUUACCGGAAUAAUGUUCUUACCUUUGUUCUUAGGUGGUGUGGUUGGAGUUUUGGUUUAUAUCUUGUAUUUCAACCCACGUUACGUUCGAAAGAUGGAAGAAUAUGCUGCAGAAAAGAAAGGUCGCGUUCCGCCAGAAGAACGUCUUUUGAUCGUUUGUCUUGCAGCUCCUUGUUUGGUCAUUUCCUUCUUCUGGAUCGGUUGGACGCAUUACAAGAGCAUCAGUUUCUGGAGUCCAAUGAUUGGAGGUGCACUUUUAGGAUUUGCCAUCUUGCUCGUAUUCUUGGGUCUUUUCAACUACAUCGUUGAUGCUUAUUUGGCAAAAGCAGCUUCAGGAUUAGCAGGCAAUACAGUCGUUCGUUCCGCUUUUGGUGCAGGUUUCCCUUUGUUCACUCGUCAAAUGUUUAACAAGCUUGGCAUUUCAUGGGCAUGUUCUUUGUUGGGCUUCUUGGCUUUGGUCUUGCUUCCCAUCCCAUUCGUUCUCGUCAAAUUUGGUCCAAAAAUUCGUGCUAUGAGCAAACACGCUGCGGAUCAUUAAGUAGCUUUCUCUUUUAUAGACAAUUGUAUCACUAGUCC